GCCAUCAUAUGUUCCGUGGAACUAUGUUACGUCGAGCGUAACUGUCCACUUAUCAUAGAAAAGAAACUAUCGCGUUCGUGAUUUGUGAACAACAAAUGGCUAACGCAUUAGACGUUGUCGAUUGGGAAGAUCUCAGAAGGCAGGCGAGACACUUGGAAAAUGAGAUUGACGCAAAACUAGUAGCAUUCAGCAAGCUUGGUGUCAAUAGCGGAUCCAAGCUUGUCAAUACAGAUGAAGUACCUCUUUUGGAUGAAGAACAUGUCUUUGAGAACAUGGCUUCUGAAAUAGAAGCGCUAUUGUCCAAAUUAUUUUCCAUAAAUGAGAGAAUGAGCAAAUUGCAACCAAACGGCGCUGCAAUGUUACACACAAUGCAACGCCAUAAAGACAUAUUGAAAGAUUAUAAACUGGAAUUCAACAAAAUUAGAAAUAAUUUUGCUGCAAGGAGAGACAGAGAAGAUCUGCUAGGGAAUGUCCGUAAGGAGAUCGAUUCGGAUCGAUUGCUGAAUGAUCAAAUAAGUAUAGCAAUGGAGACACGAGAUCAUUUGAUGACCCAGAGGCAAACGUUCAAACGUAUACAGACCAGACUGAAUGAUAUUUCAAACCGUUUUCCAGCAGUAAAUAGUCUAGUGCAAAGGAUAAAUCUGCGUAAAAGACGAGAUUCGCUUAUACUCGGCCUUAUUAUCGGAUUUUGCACGUUUCUCAUGCUGCUCUAUGCUUUUCACUAAAUAACACUAUACCAAAGUACUUCCACCCGUUAGUGAUUCAUCGAUGGGAAUGCAUACAUGUAGACGAAGUAUUUGGUGAUAUAUGUAUUUACGAUAUAUAAAAGGAUAGGAAAUUGAAGUUGAAAAACGAGUGAUUCUGCGUGACUUGUGCGUAAAUGAAUUCCGAAAGGUCGAAUGAAUGUUUUCUCGUUCUUACAACUUAAGAAGGGCAAAAAAGAAGAAGAAAAUGAAAAAUGUUAAACUGUACAGUUUUUUUUAUACGUAACGUAAAUCGUGGGUGAUACUAUGUAAAAAAAAGAUUGAAUCCGCGAUUCAUGUGUUAAUUUAAUAAACAUUAAAACAAACGAUAAAGAUUUUAUGUAUUUAUAGAAUCGUUUGUUCUUUCUUUCUUUUUAGUUUCCUACGUACACGCGUGACUGUAUAUAAUUGUCACGCCGUUUAAUACCUUUAUUUGGGCAAAGACUGCGAGAAAUCAUGCAUGCACAAAGAAAACCAAGUUUUCCAAUUUCUCUACUGUAUUUCGUAUGUUGGAAAGAGAGAAACAAAAUCGCAGCGAUCGACAGAUUGCAAUACAGUACAGUAGACUGAUAUUUAUAUAAGACUUUUUAUUUGCUGUUAAUACGAUUCAAUGCAAGUACUGAGUUUGUGCUUGCAAAAGGAAACAAUUUAUAUAAUCCUUUUCUUACGGGGAUCCAUUGUAUACGCCUACGAAUCAAUGUUUCCGGACGCUUUUCCGCGAUACAACAUAUAUGAUUCAAAGCAACAGGAGAAAAAGAUGCACGACGAUCACUAUUUAAGCAAUUACGCAGUAACGGAGGAAAAUAACGUUAAUGCGAUAUUGUAAUUGAUAAGUGUGUGUAGCGUGGGCUUUUUUUUAUCGUUCGAAAGAUCGAGCUUCGUUAACGUUACUCUUUUUUUUUCUUUUUUUCAUUUUUUUACUAAGAAAUAUUGAUUUUACAUUACACAGAAAACAUUUAUACAUGUGUAUAUACAUACACGCAUAUAUAUGUAUAUAUAU